GCAGGUGGCGCUGAUGGAACAGUGUCCUGCUAAAGCCAAACAAUCCUUCAGGGCUGUCCUUGUACGGAUCGUGAAACGGCUUUACGUUAUUGGAUUUGUUUGGAUUGCUGACGAACUGUUUGUCGGGAUUUUUAUUUGUUUGUUUGCGUUAUUAUUUGCCUUCUGAUAUUUGCAAGCCAGAUGUCAUCUGCUAGGUCAGUGCUGUCGCUGUCCAAGGUGUUGAAGCCCUUGUUCGGAUUAAAGGGCAACACGGUCAAUGUGAUAAGACCAGUGACAUGCAACAGAAGAGAGAAGUCCUCCUACACUCCCCCUCCUGCAAAGUACGGAGGCCGACACACAGUAACUCUGAUUCCUGGAGAUGGUAUCGGACCUGAACUUCUGAGCCACGUCCGGGAUCUGUUCAGGUUCUGCUGCAUCCCUGUGGAUUUUGAGGUGGUGAAAGUGGAUUCGGCGUCGUUGUCAGAGGAUGAUAUUAAUAAUGCUGUCACAGCCAUCAGACGCAACGGAGUUGCACUGAAGGGUAAUAUAGAGACCAAUCACAAACUACCACCCUCUCACAAGUCCAGGAACAAAUUGCUUCGUACAUCCCUGGACCUGUAUGCUAAUGUGAUGCACUGCCAGACUCUCCCUGGUGUCCAAACCCGGCACAAGGACAUAGACAUCAUCAUCAUUAGAGAAAAUACAGAAGGAGAGUACAGCAGCUUAGAGCAUGAGAAUGUUCCAGGGGUUGUUGAGUGUCUGAAGAUCAUCACACGGAUGAACUCACUGCGGAUCGCUGAGUAUGCCUUCAAACUUGCCAGAGAAAAAGGUCGCCGCAGGGUCACUGCUGUACAUAAAGCCAACAUCAUGAAGCUGGGUGAUGGUCUCUUCCUGCAGUGCUGUAAGGAGGUAGCAGCUGGAUAUCCAGAUAUUACUUUUGACAACAUGAUUGUGGAUAACACCACCAUGCAGCUAGUCUCCAAGCCCCAACAGUUUGACGUGAUGGUGAUGCCAAACCUCUAUGGUAACGUGGUGAGCAAUGUGUGUGCAGGACUGGUGGGUGGCCCAGGUUUAGUUCCAGGAGCCAACUAUGGCAAAGACUACGCUGUUUUUGAAACAGCCACAAGGAACACUGGGAAAAGCAUCGCUAACAAGAACACUGCAAACCCCACAGCUACACUGUUGGCCAGCUGCCUCAUGCUGGAUCACUUAAAACUUCAUGAUUAUGCCAGCAUAAUUCGGAAAGCAGUCCUUACAACUUUAUCUGAGACUGAGUUACAAACAGCUGAUCUGGGGGGUCAGUGCACGACAUCUGAGGUGGUGCAAGCCAUAAUGCAGGAGGUUCAGAGGAGCCGACUGCAUAUUUCCAAACCCAUCUGAACAACCACAUCACCUGAAGCUCAGGCAGAAGUCUUCAAUCAAUAUAUACAGAACUGAAUGAAGCCGAUAUGUGGAUGUGUUCAGAUGUGUGUGUGUGACUUUAAGCUAUAGCUUUUUUAAUUAAAUUUCACUGUAUGUAAAAUAUAGGAUAAAGUUAUAAUAGGCAAAACUGUGUCAGUGAUUUAAAAUUAGCAGUUAGCGGUUACAGAUUUUUUGUUUUUUAAAUAUCCAAUGAUUACUUGAAGAAACAAAUUUUGACCUCAAUCGAACUAGCUAACUCGUUACAAGCUAACUAAAUAUUCAACAAGCUAAUAUGUGUAUGUUGAUUCAGUAUAAUCUUGUGAGCAGCCAUACUGAUUUGACAUCACUUCUUAAACCCCCUGACAUGGAAUUCAAAACAAGUCAAAGUUACAACUUUCCAAUUUUAUUCGAACACAACAUAAGAUCCAACACGUCAAAAGUAAGCAUUCUUAGCAAAACACUUAGACAUUGUUAACUAACUAACGCUCAAUAUGAACCUCAAUACAUAUUCAACACACUGAGGUGUGUAGAAGGUAUGGAAGCACACCUUCUACAAACACCUUUAACAGGGAUUCCCAGACACAUUUCUCUGUACUGUUUAUACAGAUGUUCCGUAUUGUACAUUUACACAACACUUAAAACACUUUUAACAUGUAAUUCAAUCAGCAGUUCGCAGGAAACGGACACAUCUUGAUUAGCGUUACAGAAAAUGAUCGUAUUUGUUCAUAAAUAUCCAGGGAUAUAUUAAGUUACUGUCAUGUUCCUCUCAUAGUUAUCCAGACUUUUUUAAAUCUUCCUUUGGCAACUGUACAAUCCCAGGUUUAUUAUUAGAUUUAUUACAGAUACGUGGAACCGAGGAUUACUGUGCUCAUAAAAUGAUGUGUGAUUUAUUUUAAGGCUGUUUGUCUGGACCAACAAACGCUGCAAUCCUUAAACACGGUUAACACUUCAACUAGUCUGUAAGAAAUGCAGUUUGAAUCUAAAGCCAUAAGAAUGCUAUCUAUGGAUCUUUACACAAGCAGAAAUAAAAAAAAAAAUAGAAAAGAAAAAUAAAGCCAGGUAUUGUGAUGAGUGAUGUUUCCUGUAUGUGGGUAGAAAAAUAGACCGUGUCUACUCUGCUUUCUGUUUUACAUAAAUCUGUUACAGAAAUCUGAUACUUCUUGUGUGUUAAUGUUCAGGCAAAUAUAGAAAAGCUCCUAUCAGGAAUCUGCAAUAGUAAUAGCAUACUUAACUGUAUUAUUGUUUUUCAUGAAUGUAGUAAUGUGGAUAAAGUAUAAGCCAGUGAGAGUUUGUGCAAUAAAUACUUCUCACCUCAAAAAGUA